CUCCUUUUCCGUCAUAUGAUAGAGAGGGACGAACUGUUUCAAAGCGUGAAAUAAGUGACUGCUAAUACAUAGUAGCACCGUUGAUCGGAAAGGCAAUCAACAGGCAGGUUACCUCAGUUUGUGCUUGCCUUUACAACUUGACACUCGUGUGUUUACGUAACUUAACCUUUUCAUAUCAAAGAUUGUUCGAUUUUUAAAUAUCGACUUGGGCAGUUUAAGGAGUUUUUAUAAGAACUGAAAAUGGGGAGGAUAAAGUUGUUCAUUAUACUCCAGCUGGUCUAUCUGAGCAGCUGCAUGGACCAGCUCCACAUAGUCUACGAGUGGAAGCAGCUCGACUACCAGUUCCCUAGUGAAGAGGCUAGAAAGCAGGCCCUAGAGUCCAAGAGUUUUAUCCCGGAGAACAAUAUACCGAUGGGCCUGGAGGUUUAUGAGGACAGACUGUUUAUAACGGUGCCCAGGUGGAGGAACGGGGUGCCCUCCAGUUUGAAUUAUGUCAACAUGAAAGAUAAUACUACUACAUCACCGAAGCUGAUACCGUAUCCAAGUUGGGCCGCGCACUCCACCGGUCAAGAUGGAAAACCUUCAGAGAUAAUAUCGCCAUUCCGAGUACGUGCUGAUAAGUGUGGCCGCCUAUGGGUCUUGGACAAUGGCAAGAUCGGCAAUCUAGAAAACAACACAGUGAAAUACCCACCCGCAAUCAUCAUAUACGACUUAAAAACUGACAAUCUCAUCAGAAAAUACGUGUUUCCCGAAGACCAAGUCAAAGAAGACUCUGGUUUCGCUAACAUAGCCGUAGAAGACAUGGAUUGCGCCAACACUUACGCUUACGCAGGCGAUCUGGGAAAACCAGGGAUUGUAGUAUAUUCCUUUGAUAAAAACGAAUCUUGGAGAAUAACACAUCACUUUUUCCACCCAGAUCCUUUGGCUUGUGACUUUAGUGUUAAAGGGAACAACUUCAGCUGGACUGAUGCCAUCUUCGGCAUUGGUAUUUCUGCACCGAACCCUGACAACUUCAGUACCCUUUACUUCCACCCUAUGUCUAGCUACAAUGAAUUCGCUGUCUCCACAGAGUAUUUAAGGAAUCAAUCUAUUGCCGAUGAUAACUUUGAAGCGUUCAAAGUUUUGGGCAGCCGUGGCCCUAACGCUCAAUCUAGUGUUUCUUUCGUAGAUCCCAAAACUGGCGUUCUUUUCUAUUCUCUUGUCAAUCUAAACGCUGUUGCUUGCUGGAGAACAUCCAAUAAGGAUUACAAAAUGAAGAAUCAAGGUAGAAUUUAUAUGAACGAAGAAACAAUGGUUUACCCGACAGAUAUUAAAGUGGAUUACGACGACAAUCUAUGGAUCUUAUCAAACCGAAUGCCUAUAUGGAUGUAUGGCAAACUGAACCAAAGCGACAUUAAUUUUAGAGUGUUCUCAGCACCUGUUUUAGACGCGAUCAGUCACACUGCAUGUGACGUUACAGCAAGAUCUGAUAUACUUGACAAAUAUAAGAAUAAGUUCCUGAACAUCACCAACAAGAUUGCUUCUAAGUUCCAACCGAGUGCUGGCGCUUCUAUCUCACCUGUAACUUUUGCUGCGAUAUUGUGCAGCUGGUUAAUAGCCUCCAUAUUACUUUAAGAACGUUUAUCGUUUAAACAAAAGUUGUGUUGUUUAUUAUUAAGUGAUGUCAAAGACGUUACCGCUUUAUUUAUUGUGAUUCAAAGCCAUUGUUGGUCUUGUACUUAAAUAGUAUAGUGCCUUCAAAAGUGAUAUUGUAUUAUGUAGAUUAUCUACUAAGUAUUAUGUGUUACUUUGUAAAUAUUUAACUUAGUUUUUAAUUAAAUAUUGUAUUUAAGCUUUUAUUGACUUUCAAUGCAAGAGCAGAGGUAAAAACAAAAGAAUGCAAUGGC